UGGCAGGUGGCCUGGAGGUUGGCUCGCCCCGCGUCCCGUCCGCCGCGCGCCUGGGUCGGGCCGGGCUCGGAGCCCCAGCCAUGCUGUUCUGGCACACGCAGCCCGAGCACUACAACCAGCACAAUCCCGGCAGCUACCUGCGGGAUUUGACUAGUGCUCUUCAGAGGGAAAACGACGUCCUCGCUCUGCCCAUCUUCAAGCAAGAGGAGCCCCAACUGUCCCCUGAGAACGAGGCGCGCCUGCCACCCCUGCAGUAUGUGCUGUGUGCUGCCACAUCCCCAGCUGUGAAGCUGCACGAAGAGACUUUGACCUACCUCAACCAAGGUCAGUCUUAUGAAAUCCGACUGCUGGAAAACAGGAAACUGGGAGAUUUUCAGGAUCUGAACACAAAAUAUGUGAAGAGCAUCAUCCGUGUGGUGUUUCAUGACCGGCGUCUGCAGUACACGGAGCACCAGCAGCUGGAGGGCUGGCGGUGGAGCCGGCCUGGGGACCGGAUCCUGGACAUUGAUAUUCCACUGUCUGUUGGUAUCUUGGACCCCAGGGCCAGCCCGACCCAGCUGAAUGCAGUCGAGUUUUUGUGGGAUCCUUCAAAGAGAGCGUCUGCGUUCAUUCAGGUGCACUGCAUCAGCACCGAGUUCACCCCGAGGAAGCACGGGGGUGAGAAGGGUGUGCCCUUCCGGGUGCAGAUCGACACCUUCAAGCAGAGUGAAAAUGGAGAGUACACGGAGCACUUGCACUCAGCCAGCUGCCAGAUCAAGGUGUUCAAGCCAAAGGGAGCCGACCGGAAGCAGAAGACCGACCGGGAAAAGAUGGAGAAAAGAACGGCCCAAGAGAAAGAGAAGUACCAGCCGUCCUAUGAGACCACCAUCCUCUCAGAGUGCUCCCCAUGGCCCGAUGUGGUUUACCAGGUGAAUAGUGCUUCAUCCCCAAGCUACAACGGCUCACCAAACAGCUUCGGCCUCGGUGAAGGCAACAGCUCCCCAACCCACCCGGUGGAGGCCCUGCCCGUGGGCAGUGAUCACCUGCUCCCCUCGGCCUCCAUGCAGGACGCCCAGCAGUGGCUCCACCGCAACAGAUUCUCCCAGUUCUGCCGGCUCUUCGCCAGCUUCUCGGGUGCUGACCUGCUCAAGAUGUCCCGAGACGACUUGGUCCAGAUCUGUGGCCCUGCAGAUGGGAUCCGGCUCUUCAACGCCAUUAAAGGCAGGAACGUGAGGCCGAAGAUGACCAUUUACGUCUGCCAGGAGCUGGAGCAGAGCCGUGUGCCCCUGCAGCAGAAGCGAGACGGCAGUGGGGACCCCAACCUGUGUGAAGGACCUGUCCUCCGCCCUCCAGUGUACCACGCCAUCUUCCUGGAGGAGCUGACCACCUUGGAGCUGAUUGAGAAGAUCGCCAACCUGUACAGCAUCUCGCCGCAGCACAUCCACCGGGUGUACCGCCAGGGCCCCACGGGCAUCCACGUGGUGGUCAGCAACGAGAUGGUGCAGAAUUUCCAAGAUGAAUCCUGUUUCAUCCUCAGUACCUUAAAAGCCGAGAGCAACGACGGCUACCACGUCAUCCUGAAAUGCGGCCUCUGAGCAGAUGCAGAGUGGGCAGCUGCCUCCCACCCCCCAGCCCCACGGACCCCCUUGGAUGGAGAUAUCGCACCCCUGGAAGCUGUGGCGAGGAGGGACCUGGCCCAGCCAGUGAAAGCCACAGACCCGCGGAGGCUGUAGGUCUAGAGGGCAGAAAGCCAGCAGCUCCUCUCUCCCCUCCUCUUAGCCCCCAGCUUUGGGACAGUUCCCUGUUCUUUUUCCUAGUCCUUCCAUCUGAAAAGGCCAACGGGGGCCAUCUGCUCUGAAACCUCUUGCUCCCCUGGUUAGAGGCUAGUUCACCAGGUACCCAGGUGCCAUCUGUGCCGGCUCCUUGCGCCCAUUCUCCUGCCUCCAGAGAAGGCUCUGCCUCUCCCGCAGGCCUUCACCCUCUUCUCUGCCAACUGGCUGGGUCCCUGGACGGCUGUCUACGUGGGGGUGGUUUGAGACUGUCCUGUCUCCGUGUCAGUUUCCUGUCUUGGUGAUCCUGGUGAGCAUCUGUCCUUCCUGUUCCUGGAUGGCUUGAUGGGUGUUGGGUUGAAUCUGUGCCUUGUGCUUCUUUUCACAUUGACCUUGAUUCUAAGUGUCUGCUGCUGCUCACAGUCCAGAGGGGGCUUUGCCUUUCUUCACUGCUGGGGUAGACACUACGGAGCCACACACACCUGGUUCUAAGGCCCUUGGGGAGGAGAGGAUGAGGCUGAGAAGACUAUUUUGGGGCACAUUCUCAUGAGUAUAAAAGGGAAGAGAACCAAAUGAUUCCUCCUGGGCUCUUUUUGGGUGUAAGUUUAUUUCCUAAGCAGUCGUGGGUAGAGGAGGACUAGAAAGUGAACAUCCUGUUGUAGGAUCACAUGACCUUGACUCUCCUGAUGCCCAGUCCUCUUGGAUGGACUCACCAAAUCCCAUUUAGAGAAGACCACCAACCUUCCCAAGCUCCCUAGGGACGGCGUAUAUUCUGGGAGGGCUCCCCUUUGAAGGUUUCUUUCUUUUCAUUUGUAGAGGCUGUGUUUGGGCAUUUCUCCUGCGUUAGAAUGGUUGGAUCACCUUUCUUAGAUAACCAGUAGACUCAGGAAUCAGUGUCUGUCUCUGUUACUUGGGACCCUGUGAUCUCUAUUGCUAAUGCAGGUUCAUCUAACAAGGCAUGGUGAGCUCUCUGACCAACUGAGUAGGAUCUGACAGCCUUUCAAGUGGAGCUUUGGGGGAUAGAAUGCUUUGGGGGAAUAUAGAGAUGGUCAUAACUGGGUGGGCCUUGUUUUACAGACGAACUGAAGCCUAGAGGGGCAAAGCCACCUGCCUGCUAUCACACAGUGAUAGGGUAAGAACAUAGAUUUGUCGUCUAAACCAGGGCAUUUCUGAGAGGGAAAGGAGCUCUGGUAAUAAUAAUGCUUGGACCACAGGUAUGAUGUACUGCUCUGUAAGGACAGGCUUCUCAUUCCCUUUCCAUGUUGAGGGUGAGGUGAUGGGGAGCAUGUAACAGCCUUCUUGAGCUAUAAUUCACUUACUAUACAGUUUACCUAUUUAUAGUGUACAAUUCUGUGAUUUUUUUAGUCAAUUCACAGAAUCACCACAAUCAAUUUUAGAACAUUUUCAUCACCCAAGACAUAUCAUGUAUAUGGAAUCAUACAAUAUGUGGUCUUGUGGUCUUUUUUUUUUCGCUUAGCAUAGUGUUUUUUAGGGUCAUCCAUAUUGAACAUGUAUCAGUACUUCGGUCUUUUUAUAGCCUAAUAAUAUUUCAUUCCAUGGAUGGACUGCCUUUGUUUAUCCGUCCAUCACUUGAUGGAUAUUUGAGUUGUUUCUGUCUUGGGGCUAUUGUGAAUAAUGCUGCUAUGAAGUAUUUGCACACGGUUUGGUGUGUUUUCUUUUAGGAAUAUACAUAUGACUGGAGUUGCUGGGUCAUUUAGUAACUCCAUGUUUAACUUUUUGAGGAACUGCCAGACUGUUUUCCAAAGCAGCUGCAUCAUUUUACACUCCCAUCGGCAGCGUAUGAGGGUUCCAGUUUCCCUCCAUCCUCACCAACACUUGCUAGGAUCUGUCAUUUGGAUGAUAGCAUCCCAGUGUCAUUUUGAUGAUAGAAGUGGUGUCUCAUUGGAGUUUCAAUUUGCAUCUCCCUGAUGGCUAAUGAUGUUGAGUAUUUUUCCAUGUGCUUACUGGCCAUUUAUAUAUCUUCUUUGGAGAAAUGUAUCCUUUGCCUAUUUGCAAUUGGCUUAUUUGUCUUUUUAUUAUUGAGUUGUAGGAGUUCUGUGUAUAGUUUAGAUGCAGGCCCUCUAUCAGAUAUAUGAGGUGUCAAACUGUUCUCCACUUCUGGGGGUUGUCUUCACUUUCUUUUGAUGUCCUUUGAAGGACAAAGGUUUUUAAUGUUGAUGAUUUCUAAGAUACCAUUUUUCUCUUGUUGCUUGUACUUUUGAUGUCAUAUCUAAGGAAACUAUUGCCUAAUCCAGGGUCAAGAAGAUUUAUGUUUUCUUCCAACAGUUUUUAUAGUUUUAGCUCUCCAGUAGUCUUUGAUUAAUUUUGAAUUAAUUUGCAUUUAUGAUGUGAAGUAUGGGUCCAACUUCAUUCUUUUGCAUGUAGAUAUUCAGCUGUCCCAGUACCAAUUGUUGAAAACACUAUUGGGGUCUCCAUAGAAUUGUCUUCAUAGCCUUGAUAAUGGCCCCUAAUUCUUACUGGAUCUUUUUCUCUGCGAUAUGGGACUGUCAUUAGGAUGCUCACUUUUUUUUUUUUUUCCCAGCCCAUGUUUGGCUCCACCAGUUUUAUAGAUGGCUUUCUCUUCUUUCUGUCUCCCCCUUUCCCUGUUUCAACAAUACUGGGUGACAUCACUCUCUGAUAUCUACAGCCUUUCUGGGUGCAUGGCUCCACACAUCAGUCCUAGGGGAAGGUCAGGAUCAAUUGUUUUUUGUUUUGAGGAAACCAAGUCACACAGAAGUAGAAAAACUUGCCCAAGGUCCCCCAGAACCAGAACUAGAUUACUGGUCUUGUGACUUCUGGCAUUUUGAGAUGUCUACAAUUGACUAGACCCAAGAGAUGCCACUUCCCAGGCCAGGUGGUGACAGGCUAAAAUCUUAAUUCUAAAAAUGUGGUAGGCUAAUAUUUCAUUUUUAUUUCUUCGUUCAAAAUAAGGGUCCAGUCAAGAUCUGUGGCCUUCAGUUUGCUGUAGGUGGAGUCUUUCAUCUGGAAUGCACACUGCAUCAGCUCUGCUUACCUUCUCCUAAUGGUUAUAGUUCAGUCUUGUAGCUUACACAGAAGUAGAAAAAUAAUAAGUACCAAAGAAGAAUACACAGUCAUUUGGUACCAAAAUGUUUUAGCUGCCCAGUUCAGCAGUUUGUUCCUUCCGCAGGGGUCAGAGGAGCUAGCUGCAGGUGUUUGGAUUUUGUGUCUAGUUUUUUCAUUUUAUUAAAGUGCAGAAAAGCUGUGCCCUUUUCCCUCCUGUCCACUGUCUUUCCUGUGUGCUCUGUGUCCAGCGUCUGAGCCUGCUGGACAGGGUGGCCCCUCCCAGAACAGUCCCCUCCACCCCACGUAUUCUGAGCUGUGGCUGCUCCUUGGCAGCAACAAAUUUUAAAAGGGAUCCCCCAAGGGACAGAAGAUGUGCCGUGCACCAGAGCCACUGUCUUGAACCAGAAGCCUGAAGUGGAGUACUUUUUUCUCAGUCCAUCGCAUUUCUUUGCUGGGCAGUUGUCUGCAAGGUUGUGCUAAACCUUCUCCUGGUUACCGAGUCGCCCCUUUAUAAUAAAGACAUGGGCUUUGGAAUGGAGGAAGGGAUGGUAGGCCUUUGGAAAGAGCAGGAUGGGCAGGGAGUUGGAAAUCUCAGUGUAAGGUACUAAGCAGAGGUCAGAUGCUGUCCUGGUGACCUCCUUCCCCGGCCACCUUGGGCUUCUUGGGAAGAGCUAUGAACCUAGAGGGACUUUCCCGGGAGCAGAGUGGAGCUGCCUGAGUAGUGCGUCACAAGUUUCCAAGUCCAGACCGGCCUCAGGGGCUGGCCUGCAUGAGUUAAGUUCUGAAAAUCAUUAACGAGUUAAUGAGAAAAAUGGAAGCGCUUCUUUUGCUGUUGUCAGUGGAGCAGAGGGAGGCAGCCCCCAGGAGCUCAGAGAAGACAGAAAAGCAAGCGACCAAGAGCCAGGAGUCCUGGGCUCCUACGCCCUCGCUUGGCGUGCUUUUUCUGCCUCUCUGGGUCUCACCUCCUCUCUGGGAGGCUUCUGGGUCUGUGACUGACUCAGGCAUGAGUGUGUCUGAGCGGGGCAUUCCUUUUUUCCCUCCAUCAGAGUUGCUCUCUGGGUGGGUGGCGUGUACAGGCGUGCUUCCUAGUGGUGCACUGCGCCUCAGUUCUGCUUGGACUGGUACAUGCUCUGCAAGCUUGCAUGCAUUUCAGUGUGAGACGCUGCACCUUAGCCAUGUCUUUAGGAAUCCAGCCUAGCUUGCAGCCAGGGUGACUUGAUUCCAUCCAUGCUCUUAAGAGUGGCCACCAGCUGUUCCCUGCAGCCUGAAGCUGGACUCCUUGUUGGCUGGCUUUAUGUCUGUGUUACAGACAUGCAUGCGUGCGUGCCUGUGUGUGUGCAUAUUCAUGGAUGCACAUGAAUCCCCUCCUCUGCCCCUGUGUCUGCCAUGAGGAGGGCAGCCCUGAGUGUCUUCAGCUCACCUGGACGGAAUGAUGACUGCUGCUUCCUUCAGACCUUACGUGAUACUCCUGGUUCGGACUCAGUUGCUAAAACUGAUCAGGGCACUGUUGCCCUAAUUGUGGGGAAAGGCCCAUCCUCAGUCCUGCCCUAGGGAGCAGAGCAAUGCUGGGAGCUGACAUCUAACCAGGACCCCAAAAGCAAGGUCCUCGGACUUGGUCUUACUUGCAGCCACCUCAUGGUCCCUGUGUCCCCUUGGGUUGGGUAUUCUGUGUGUGACGUCAUCAGUCAGGCCAGGCAGUAGGAGGUAUUUGUACAUUCUCUCUGAUCACCUCCUGGCCCCUUUCCCUCCACUCUGUAGGGCAGAGCAGUGCAGUACAAGACAAGCCGCCCCUACCUCCUUCCCUGGGGCCGACCUGAGAACUCCAUGCAGCCUCUGCCCAGCUCCCCAGAGCACCUUGUAAAGGCUGGGCUUUCCUCCCUGCUGCUUCUGCGGGAAGCGACUGAGUUCUGAGGGUGUGGUCCUCACCUGGCCAUGUAGGGACUUUCUAGUGGCAACAUCCCCAGGAAGUAUCUUUAAGAGGUAGCUUUGCUGUUCUGUCCAGGGCAACUGGCAGGGUGAGGCAGGGAGGGGCCAGCACUGCUUAGUUGUGGGCUGAGACACCUGGCUCUUUGGGCAGCCAGGCCAGCCUGUCCCAGGAGGGAGUGUGUGAGCCUGUCCCUGCCUUCAUCCUGUGGAGCCCCAGACAGGGAUGGGGUAAGGGGUGGCGGCCUGCAGGGGGCUAGCAGGGACCAGGAAGCCUUUUAUCAUGAAAAAUUUUCAAUCCUUCUUGAAAGACAAACCAAUAUAAUUAGCCCUGGUACCCAUGACUCCACCUCCUCAACGAUCACCCUACACCUGCUCAUCAGGGACAGGCCAACUGCAGGCCAAAUGCAGCUUCUUGCUGCAUUUUGUAGUCUCUUUGAUGACAGAGAACACUGAAUUCAGUGAAGUGAAAUGUCAUCCUGUCCUCCCCUCUGCUAUUCCACUCCCAUUUGUAUACCAAAACCUGUACUCGGUUAUUAUAGUUUGAAUUUCAUUAUCUGAAACUUAUGGAAACUCAUUUUCUCUUAUUUGCCUCCUUGAAGCCCUUAAAGCCAAAAAUAGGUCUCAUCCAGCCUUCAGAGAAAAACAUUGCCCACUGCUGAGCUAGACCUCUGUUACUCUGUAUGCCCCCUACAUGAUGUUGAAUAGUAUCCUUGAAAAUAAGGGCUUUUAAAAAUAAUAAAAAGUAUUUUGUUUGGAGCUUUGAAGCAGGAGGAUCAUUCAGCUGAACAGUCUUUGAAACCAGACCCCCACCCCGCCUGUUAGUCAUGUGCCCCCUCCCCCAGACAGUCUUUGCCCCAGCUGCUCAGGAAUCAUAGUCCUUUGCUCUUGCCCCUUCCCUCCUGCUGUCCACUUCUUGGAGACUUGCUGAGCCUUUGGUCGCGGGGCAGGGUGCGGGAGGUUGUGUCCGAGAGCUGGCUGUGGGGAGAAUACCAUACCGGCUCCGGGCCCUGGUGGGUGGUGGUCUCUUGACUUAGGUCACUGGGACUUUACUGCCCCAGGAGGUAUGGCCUAACCUCCACCUCUACUGGCACCUUGAGGACCUCUCAGCUGCUCUGGGGUCCCCCAAAGCCCCCUCCACAUGUCUGUAGCUCUUCCCCCAACAGAGGGACUGGCUUGUGACAGCUUCAGCUUGAUGAUGGGGAGGGUUUGGACCCAGUGCUCGCUUCUGCCCCUGGGAGAAGCUGGCCCAUAGGCAGCCUCAUGCUGGGGUGGUCCCAUUUCCCUGUGGCUUGGCUGGUCAUUCUGGGCCCCGGCUCCUUUGCUUCCAGUGAAGAUGACCAGACACUGCAGCCAGCUCUCCAUUAGCACCGACCGCUGAUGAUGCUGACUGGCCUUGCCUGAGUCAGACUUUGGGCUCUGUGCUUUGCCUUUGUCCCAUUUGAGCCUCCUCACAGCUCUGAGGCCCCGUAGGCUGAUUUCUAGUUGAGGAAAUCAAGACUGAGAAAUCAGAUAGGGGCCCAAGUCCUAUGACUAUCGAUGGGCUGAGCCAGGGUCCCGAUCCUGCCUCUAGACCUCUCCCUCUUGCCCCAGAUGCACGGGUGAGUCCUUUCAUCCCUAGUGCUCACUCUCCUGAUGACAUCAUCCCUGGACUCUGUGCCCUGCGGUGGGGUGGGGGUGGAGGGAGGGGUAUAAGCAGGGGGACAGAAGAGAAGGUCAUUGUUUUGUGCCUUCCACCAGCCCUCCCCUUGCUGGGCAUCGCCUUGGUUACUGUGCUUACCAAUGCUCCUGUAUAGAAAGUGAUUUCUUUUUUAGAAAUGUCACUUCGUCACUUUUCUCCAGAUGGGGUGACUCUUCUCUUAAGGUGGUGGGCAUCUCAGUUGGGGUGGUGUGGCCCUCUGAUGGGUCAGGUGGGCAUGACAUUGGGAGGGGUUGUAGGGGGGAGUGGGCAUCAAAGCAAAAGUUGUCACACUGCCACGUUUUUGUACCUGAAAUAAAGCAUAUUUGCACUUGUUACUGUACCAUUGUGAAGACAAGAGAUCUACGUGUAGGUUCCGUGCUUGGGUCAGAAUGCAAAUAAAACUCAUUUGUAAGAAA